CACUACGUGGUACCUCUGGUCACUAAGCUUCUUAAUUGUCCCGGCUUCUCGCCAGGGGCGUUCCCCGCCCCGGAGUUCGGGGGAUCCCGGGGCGGGGAGCUAUCUCUGCCCCUCCCCUUCUCUCUUGUACCUCCUCCCCGCUCCCCUUCCCCUUGGGCUCUGCGCAAACCCGGAAGAGCGACAGACAGGACCGGUGUCUGCGGGAGCCGGAGCAGCCAGGACCGGACGGCUCGGAGCCUGGGAUGGCAGGUGACUCUGGGAAGAUGGAAGACGGCCUCCAAGAGUGGAUCGGCAGUGCCUACCUGUUUGUGGAAUCCAUGAUGGAGAAAGUAAUUCUGCCUGACCUAUACGAAGAUUCUCAGUGGAAGCUGGCAAUAUUUCGGGUCCUUAAAUUGGCACUGGCAGGAUGCACCGGGAGCCAGGACGGAGCCCAGAUUCUAAAGAUCCAUUGCAGCAACCCGAAGCUCAUCGUGCAGCUGAAGUUCUGCGGGCAGGAGCCAUGCAGCCGCUUCCUCCGGAGCUAUCGCGAGGGGGCUCUGCUGGCCGCCCUCCAGGACAGCCUGGUGGCUUUGCUGGGCCACACCCAGGACCUGAUGCUGCACCUGGAGCUUCGCGUGGGCUCCGAGCGCCUGGAUUUGAUGCUUCAGGAGGAGGAGCGCUGCCUGCGCUGCAUCCGACAGGCCAAGCCGGACCGGCUCCGAGACGAGGAGAUAGGUGAGCUGGAGGAUGCUUUCCGAAGCCUGACCUGCGAUCCCGGGGGUGGUAAAUCCUUGGCCCCAGCCCCAAAGGCUUCAACCCCGGAGGUCCCAGCCCCGAAGACCCCAGCCCACUUGCUCCCUCAGUGCACACCGCCAAAGACCUUUAUGUUCCAGGGACAGCAGAUUGCUAACCGUCCUCUGAGCCUGGAGGACCAACAGAAGUUCGCUCGCUCCGUGGGCCGCAAGUGGCGGACGGUGGGCCGGGCACUGAAUUGCCGGGCCCUUCGGGAACAUGACCUGGACUCCUUGGCUUACGAAUAUGACCGCGAUGGGCUUUACGAGCAGGCCUUCCAGCUGCUGCACCGCUUUGUGCUGGCCGAGGGCCGCCGGGCCACCCUUCAGCGCCUCAUCGAGGCUCUAGACAAGAGCAGCCUCACCAGCCUGGCUGAGGACCUGUUGGGGCUUCCGGGGCGCCGGGAACACCAGGAACAGGAAGGGGAAGAAGAUUAACUGGUAGAGGAGGCUGCCAAAGGCACUGCCCAGCCCCACCGGCCCCACCUACCUUGAGCCAGCACAAUUCAGACCUGUUGGACUAAGGGUGGGAUGCCUGAUUUGUCUGCAGCUGGGUUAGGGGGCCCGACCUAUCCAGGGACAGUGAAGGCCCUACUCUAUCUGAGACAGAUGGAGGAGAGGUGAAAGGCUGAACUCCUAUCCCUCUCCCACCCUUUGAUGUGUCUCACACAAAACUGGGCCCUUACCUGAAUGUGUGUUAGGCCCUCCUGGUGCCCACCCACCGACAGCUACCCAUUGUCUCAUCUGAAGUCCAAAGCACUUUGAAGAUGUCCCAGUACCCUGCUCCUUGUGUCCCAGAGAAGCUUGUUCUGCAGAACAUAGCUGAACCUAAUCGAUAAAGUAAAGGGUCCUGUCGAUUUGAUGUGACAACUGAUAGUCGGGGUCAAGGUAUGGAGGUGCAUUAGGGGAAGAGAAAGAACUGGAGGGAAGGGUUUGAUAAUAAUAUUUAGACAGCUGUUCAAGGUUAAAAUUGACAUGAGACUUUGGGGAAACCAAAUAGUGCCUUAAGGUUUGCAAAGAAUUUUACAUCUUAUUUUAUUUGAUCCUUAUAACACAACCCUGGGAGGUUGGUGCUAUUCUUAUCUCCAUUUUUCAGAUGAGGAAACCAAGGCUGAGAGAAAUGAAGUAACUUGCCCAGGGUAGUUGUUCGGUGGUGACCCUGUCUGGGCUUUUCUUGGCAAAGAUGCUGGAGUCUUUCGACAUUUCCUUCUCCAGCUCGUUUGACAGAUGAAGAAACUGAGACAAAUAGGGUUAAGUGACUUGCUCAGCUAGUAGGUGUCUGAGGCCACACUUGAACUCAGGUCUUCCUGGCUCCAUGAACUCUGCCAAUCCAGCUGCUUUUAAACAGGAAAGAACAGUCUCUGCUUUUCUUUGACACUGAUGCAUAUGCUGGAGGCAGGGGAGAAGGGGAAAAGUUAGGGGGAAGAGGGCUCUCCUACACUUCCCCAAAGAGAGUGUGUGUAUAUAUGUAUCUGUGUAUGUAUCAGUCAGAAAGCAUUAAGUGCCUACUAUGUGCCAAGUAUUAAUGCUGAGCUAUGGAGAUACAGACGGAAACAGGAGCAGUUAACUUAGAUUCUAAGGGGAGACAAUAUACAUAUCUACACAUCACUACGAAAGCAUGAGGAGCAGAUACAAGGUACCCUGGGGUAAGGCCAACAAAGGCUGUCUGCCUAAGGCUGGACUAGAGCUCUCUGGAAGGAGACCAGGGAUCCUAAGAGGCAGAGGGAGGAAAGCCAGUGAAACAGAGUUAAGGGCCAUGGGAAAUGACAGAUCUUGGAUGAGGAACAGCAAGAGGUCAGCGUGGCUGAAGCACGAGGUGUGCAGAAGGCAGGAAUGAGGCUGGAAAAGUAGGAAGAGACUGGGCUGUGUAAAGGGCUUUAAACCAAGACAGUUUCUAUUCGGUCCUACAGGUAGGAAGGAGCCACUGGUGUCUGAGUAGGUGGGUUAAAGUUGCAUAUGGGGGUUUUUGAUGGCGGAGGAGGAUGGAUUGGGAUGGGAAGAGCUAGAUGGCUGUUGCAAUCAUCCAGCAUGUAUGAGCUCCCCAGCCCAAGCAGUUCUAAGAAUGAAGGAGCAGAUGAAAACAGUUAGGACUAGAUGUUGUGUUGGCUUUAAAAACUUAGUUCGAAUUCUUGUCUGCCCCCUAAACAAGGCUUAAAUUUCCCCAUCUUUACACAAAUGAGAGUUGGGCAAAGAUAAUAGGUGGUGCAGUGAAUAGAGCACUGGGCCUGGAGUCAGGAAGACCUAAAUUAAGAUUUGGCCUCAGACACUUACUAUAGCUGUGUGACCCUGGGCAAGUCACUUCACCCUGUUUGCCUUAGUUUCCUCACCUGUUAAAUGAGUUGGAGAAGGAAAUGGCAACCCACUCCAGUAUCUCUGCCAAGAAAACCCCAGAUAGGUACAAGGACUCAGACAUGACUCAACAACAUCAGUCUCCAGCUUUAAAAUCCUGUGAUCCAAAGGGACACUAUGACUGUGGGGGGUUUUGCGUGGUUUUUUUUUGUUUGUUUGUUUGUUUGUGAAACUCUAUUCCUGGUGGCCUUUUGAAGGUUGCUAAACCCUAUUCUUUGGUAAGUGUUUGUGGACCAGUGCUUUAAUAAAAAAUUCCCCCCUUAA